GGGGGGGGGGGUUCUCGGGGGUGACGUACGUGGACAUCAAGUGUCAGGUUUAAGGUUCAAGCACUUCAUUUAUAGGAUUCGGCGUGUCAUCGAUCCUCUGUGCACAUUCAUCCCCUUAAAGCGGGGAUUGUCCUCGCUACGUCUUGCUGCUCCAUAAACUGCCGUAGGGUGGUCCUCUUCCGUUCCAGGCUUUUCAUGCGCUUGGUUUGUACGCGUAGUAAGCCAUGCCUGCAACAACUCUCCCCAGCGGCUGUGCAAGAAGUUAUUAUUGGGAGCAAGACAACAAGGGUGGAGGCAAUGUUGCCCGUACUCUUGGUCAUUGCGGGUUGAAAAUUGUCGAAGAUCUUUGUGCGAUGCCCGACGAAGAACCAACUAUUAUACCUUACUAUGAUGCGUAGUUCAUUAUUUAUAUUGGGUUUUCUGGAGUGAUUACGUUUGCGACAGACGUUGUACAAAACCUCGUGUAAAAGCACACGGGGAUUGAUUGAUU